GUUCUCCGCAGAGGCGAGGGCAGAAGUUCCUCUGCAUCUGACAGGUUCUCCGGUGCGGAUUCAGUCAUUCAAGUCGAUAGCUCACAAGGACCUCUGACUGUGGAGUGAUUGAAACUUUGAAGUGGAACACAAUGGAAGGUCAAAUUGCUUCGAAUUUCCGUCAUGUUUCAGAAAAGGUUGUCAGCGCCGCCAAAGGACGUCAAGUUCGACUCGUUGCUGUAUCGAAAACGAAACCCAAGGAGGCCAUCUUCGCUGCCUAUGCAGCUGGGGCCCGUCAUUUUGGUGAAAAUUAUAUCCAAGAGCUCGUUCAGAAAGCCUCCGAUGAGAAAGUCCUGGAAACCUGUCCUGAGAUCAAGUGGCAUUUCAUCGGUCGGCUCCAGAGCAACAAAGUGAAGGCUCUGCUCAAAGCUCCGAGGCUUUGGGCCGUCGAGACCGUAACCUCGUCCAAGCUAGCUGACAUGCUUCACACAGCCUGGAACUCUAUGCAGCCACAACCAACUUCGAAACUGAGUGUUAUGGUACAGGUGAACACUUCCGGUGAAGAACAGAAAGGUGGAGUUGAACCAAGCGAGGCCGCGAAUCUUGUCAGACAUAUCAUGGAAGAAUGUCCGUCAUUGUCGUUCCUCGGUCUCAUGACGAUAGGCUUCGCUGAAGUCCAGAACGGGAGCGGGAAUUCAGACUUCACGAAAUUGGUCUCGCUUCGGGAAGACGUCGCGAAGAGUUUGGAAAUGGACCCAUCGACCAUCGAGCUCUCCAUGGUUGCGAGCAUCGACAUCGUGCGUCUUCUCGUGCCCAAACUGGUUGAGGAUGGCAAGAAAGGCCCUUUCGAUCUGGAAUGCAACUAUCGCUGCGGUGAAGGCGAUGAGCAGCUUGUCGUGAAAUGGUUCUUCAACAACGAAACAACACCUUUCUAUCAAUGGAUAGCCGGCGUCGGAGAGCCAAUCAUCUCGGGAGCGUAUCAUCACAAGUUCUCUUUUGAGGAAGACAAGCACGCCGACACCUGCAAUAAUAAGGUGUCUUAUCGACUCAUCCUCACCGAGCCGCAGGUGGCGAUGAGCGGACUCUACAGAUGCGAAGUCCAAACAUUCGAUUCUCAGGAUAGCGCUGAAGCCAACAUGGUGGUAUUCUCGCCACCGCGAAAUUUCAGUCUUGUGAUCAAUGAGCCAUCUCCGGGAACUCUCGCGGCGAACUGCACGGUGUCCCCCGUAUAUCCGAUACCGGAAAUGAAAAUUCUCCUGAUACACAAAACGGACAAGGAAGAACGUCACCCCUUCGAGGACGCUAAUAUCGAAACCGAGGAACUUGAAGGACGUGUUCAUCGAGUGUCUCUGAUCAUGCAGUCAACAAACACAACGCUAUUUGAAAGGCAGCAACUCACCUUCGAAUGCGUAAUGGCUUUCAAGGAGGUCAAAUACCAAAGGUUCCAGAGACAGGCUUACACUCCAGAAUACAGCCCUCCGAAGAAGAAACCGAAAAUACUUGCCCGUCUCCCCGGGGGACAGUCAUCAUCCUCGGACUCCGGGAACGCACUUCAUUCCAAAGCGCACAUAGUUCUAACUUCUCUGACCUUGUGGAUAAGCUUGAGACUAUCUGAUGCUCACCGAGCAGUGUUGUAAAUAUUAUAGACCCGAUAAAGUUGGGAAAUAUUUUUCUCAUGAUCCGAAUCAGAAUGUGACGGAUAUCUGGUACCGAGAAUAAAGCAGGGAACAUUCAACCCCCUGAUAAUGA